CGAAAAAGUUAGCGUUAAACAAUCUCCACUUCUCUCUCCCACAAGAAAAUCACCAAGAAACCGUUAAUCGUGAGAUUAUUUGUUAUUUGAUUCAUAAAGUUUUCAGAUUUACAGAGGAUCAUUGUGUUUUAGAUCUAUGGCGAACAUGAACACUCUUCAACAGAUGAUCUUCCCUGACGAGAACGCUCCGAUUCAUCGCAAAAAGAGUGUUACUGCUGCUUCUCUUAAGACCAAAGGAACUGUACUUGGUCAGAAGAAACCUGGAGGGGCUCGUAAGGCUCUGAAUGAUAUCACAAACAAGUCUGGUGUUCUUCCCAAAGCUUCUUCUAAGAACAAGCAACUCGCGUCUGCUGCAAAGGGAGAAAUCAACAUAGCUGGAGAGAUGUUCUUGCAUGAUCACAGCAAGUGCAUCAAAGAGCAGCAGAGUCUCUGGGAUGAUCACUUCUCUGCUGACAUUCUACUCCACCAUGAUUCGUCCAGCGUCAAGGGAAAGAAUCUCAAGUAUGACAAAGAAGUGAUGGAUGGUAAGAACAAUCUGACUUGUGAGGAACCAGAAGAGAUUCCAUCUCCCAAGCUGACUGAUUGGCUCAAGAGCUCAACCCCCUGGCGCUCUCCAAUACGUCAUGGCUCUAUGAUGAUGCCUUCCACACCUCUGGCUUGGCGGUUUGAUUCAGACGAAUUCACUCUCAAGGAAGACUUUGACGACCUCUUCUGAAUGUCUGUUUCUUAAGUGUCUAAGCUUUUCAUCCUUCGGAUGAAGUAGUAGUAGUAGUAAUAGCAAGCAACUUUCUUUCGUUUCAGCUCAUCAAUGCUUCAGUUCUUUAUGUACUUAACAACUCUGUGUCCGUCCAUCACUCUCUUUAACUGAUUUCAUGAAUUAAAAAAGUUGGAAUCUUUUCAAGCG